GAGUGGCUGACGGUUGGCGCGACCCGGAGGGCGGGCAGGCGGCUCUCGGGGGUGCGGGCCCGCGGGGCCAGGACCUUGGUAUUUAGCCUUGGCUGUCCUCAAAUUCUUGGAGCUUCUACCGCAGCCUCCAAUACCAUGCUCUUGAUUCAAGUCUCCUAAGGACAUAAAAGCAUCUGGACUCUUGUAAAUGGCUCACCAUGCAGAACCACUGAGAUGUGCAUAUUCCCAGUUCCUGGCACAGAGUAAACACUCGCGAGGGCCUGCUCCAUGGGCUUCGGAAUCAGAGAGAACUCGCUUCGGAAUCUCAGAAAGGCUCCAGGAAGCAGAGUCAAGGCCAGGGAGACGAUGGUCUCAGUGACUAUGGCCACUUCUGAGUGGAUCCAGUUCUUCAAGGAAGCUGGCAUUCCCCCAGGACCUGCUGUCAAUUAUGCUGUGAUGUUUGUGGAUAAUCGGAUCCAGAAGAGCAUGCUGCUAGAUCUCAAUAAGGAAAUCAUGAACGAGCUGGGCGUGACUGUAGUGGGUGACAUCAUUGCCAUCCUCAAGCAUGCCAAGGUGGUACACCGCCAGGACAUGUGCAAAGCUGCCACUGAAUCAGUGCCCUGCAGCCCCAGCCCCCUCCAGGGUGAGCUUCGCCGCGGUGCCGCUAGCGCUGCUUCUCGAAUGAUCACCAACAGCCUGAACCAUGACUCUCCACCCCACACUCCGCCAAGGCGCUCGGACACCAGCAGCUCCAAGAUCUCCGUCACCGUGUCCAACAAGAUGGCAGCGAAGAGUGCCAAGGCUGCCGCUCUGGCCCUCAGGGAGGAGGAGAGCCUGGUUGUUCCUACCAAGAGGCGGCGGGUGACAGCCGAGAUGGAGGGAAAGUACAUCAUCCACAUGCCCAAGGGGACCACCCCCCGUACACGCAAGAUCCUGGAGCAGCAGCAGGCAGCGAAAGGUCUCCAUAGAACAUCCGUGUUCGAUCGCCUUGGUGCUGAGACCAAAGUAGACACUACGACAGGGACUAAGCCCACAGGAGUUUUCAGCCGCUUAGGGGCCACCCCGGAGAUGGAUGAGGAUUUGGCCUGGGACAGUGACAAUGACAGCAGCAGCUCUGUCCUGCAGUAUGCUGGGGUCCUAAAGAAGCCAGGACGGGGCCCCACCAAGGCCAGUCCCCAGCCAGCACUGACUGUCAAAGCCAAAGCUACAAGCUCUGCAACCACAACAGCUCCAAGACUGCGGCGCCUGGCGCUUCCCUCUCGUCCUGGACCAGAGAAGAAGCCAGAGUCCCUGCCCAAAGUCAGUGUCCUUCAGAGACUGGGCAAGACUGCUGUUGUGGCUGAGGCCCAGGACAGCCAGGUUACAAGCACCAAGAGUAAGUCCUCAGCUGAGGUCAAGUUCGCCAUUAAGAGGACACUGGUAGGGCCCCGGGGGAGCAGCUCUAUUGAGAGCCUUGGUGCCCAGAUGGACCAUGCAGGCGCUGUGAGCGUGUUCAAAAGACUGGGCCGAAGGACCUUCUAGCUGGCACGCAGGGUGGGGUGCAGCAUGCAAUGGCAGGCAGGUUCCUGCUUCUGUCCCUUCCAGCCUUCCUGCUCUUCCCAGCUCUAGAUGACACAAAGCCUGGCUCUUUCCAGCAUUCAUGCUGGUUCCAAGCACUUGGGUACACAGGCAUUUCCCCUGGUUUUGGAUGUUCCUGUGGCCUGACCUUGCCUGCUCUGGGACCCUCCCUUUCUGUGUCGUCGUGUCGUCCCCCCCCCCCCCCCGUGCACUAGCCGUGGCCUUGGCAGAUUCUCCUUUUCUACCUCUCCCCAAAGCCAAGUGCCCUGCCCCUUCCAUGCAGCCCACCCCCACCAGCAGCUUCUGCUGCCUUAUGUCUUCCUGUCCUGGCUACCCCACCAGAGGUGUCACCUGGAGGCACCCCCUUUGCCCUACCCUGUGGCUUCCCUUCCUCCCCCCUUCCCCCUGCUGUAGUGUCUCUCUUCUCUUCACUCUUUUCAUUUCUCUUCUGUUUUCUGUCCCUGUGGCAAGGCCCGACCGUCCGCUGCAUCCUGCCUGACCCUCCUGCACCUCUGACCUCCCAGCGGCCCCCUCGUCGACGGUGGCGUCGAACCUGUAAAGACUGUUAGCUGCCUUCCAUUCCCAGGCUGGAGGGAGGCCCCCCAUCCUGGCCUGCAGCUGGGGCACCUCCGUUUCCCUGCCCUGGCCAUCUUUUUCCUUGGUGGGUGGUGGGCAGCAGACACUGGGGAGGGGAGGGGUGCUGGGGGAAGGUGACAGCUGUUUUAAUAUAUUUUUGUGACUUCUAAACUGUCCUUCCCCCUCCUUCAGUGGGAGUUGCAGGUCUGUUCUUCACACCUCACCAACACAGCCAACACCCUGGGGUGGGGCAGGUGAAGGGCAUAGUGGUGACAACACCAGAAAGCCAUCUCCUCCCAUCCAAGUGGAGUGGUCUUUCACUGGCUUCUCCAUCAAUUUCACCUGUUCUGCCACACUGCCUGUGGGUGGCUUGGUUUUAUUUGAGAUAGGAUCUCAUUAUAUAGCCCUGGCUUACCUGGAACUUGCUAUGUAGAUCAGGUUGGCCUCAAAUUCUCAAGAGACCUGCCUGUCUGCAAGUGCUGGGAUUAAAGGCUUUUGCCCUCAUACCCAGCCGGAUUUCUUUCCUUUUUCUUUCUUUUUUCUUUGAAACUCAAGAUGGCCCAAACUUGAUAUAUAGUUGAAGAAGACUUGGAAUGUCUCUCUUUUAAAAACAUAAUUAUUUUGUGUAUAUAGAUAUGUUGCCUCUGUGUGUGUAUCAGGCACAUGAGUGCCUGAUGAUUCCCAUGGAGACUGGAAGAAGAUUUUGGGUCCCCUGGAAAUGGAGUUAAGGAUGGUUGUGAGCCCCUAUAUGGUCUCUGGCAACCAAACUUAAGUCCCUGUAAUAGCAACAAAUGCUCUUAACCACUGAGCCAUGUCUUCUACCCCUGCUUUGAGUUUCUAAUUUUCUACUCUCUACUUUGAGACUUGUGACAGCUAGGCCUAUGCUGCCAUUCCAGGGUUGUGUGUGGUGCAGGAGACUAGGCCCAGGCUUUACAUUGAUACUCUUGUUGGCCUUUUUCUCUCUGCUUUCUUUUUGAGACAGUGUGUUACUCUGUAGCACAGGUUGACUUCAAACUCAGGAUUCCCUUGCCUCUACUGGACUGAAGCAAUUUACAGGCAUGGGCCAACUACUAACAGCCUCUCAGCUGUCCUGAGGUGGUGCUGCGCAAAGACACAGGGCCGAGGGAUGAGGCUUGGCCAGUACCACUGUCGUUGUAUAGUCAGAAGAUUUUGACGUGACACCAUUGGGUGAACUGGGGAUAAGAAGAGGUAAUUUUUCAAACUUCAGAAGAACGUUCUGACAGAAAGACAGACAAAGGCAAAGGCCUUGAGGUGGGGCAAUGACCAGGAAGAUGGCUGGCCAUGAGAACUGCAUGGCUGCUAGUGGCAGCGAUGGAGAACGAAUGGGAAGAACAGGGUGGGGAACAGUUCUAAUUCACUGUGUAGAGGCACCUGGUAGAGUGGGUAUGUGUAUAAUUCCAGCUUCCGGGAGACUGAGGCUUGAGGCAGAGGCAGGGGGCGGAUCUCUGUGAGUUCAAGACCAGCCUGAUAUACAGAGCAAUAUUUCCAGGACAGCCAGGACUACAAAGUGAAGCCCUAUCUCGAAAAACCAAAAAGAAAAAUAUAGUUUUCUCUCAUACAUUAUAUACAAACUGAAGUUUCCCCUCCUUCCACUCUUCCCAGUUUGCCCAACUCACCUCUCUUCUCCCCUAGGUCCACUCCUCUCUUUUCCUUCAAAAACAAGGAUAGGUCUUCCAGGGAUAUUGCUCCAAACAUGGUAUAACAAAUCACAAUAAGACAGACCCUCUCAAGGCUGGACAAGGCAAUCCAGUAGGAGGGAAAGGGUCCCAGUCAUAGGCAACAGAGACAACCCCCUAUUCCUACUGUUGGAAGUCCCACAAAAACACCAAGCUACACAGCCAUAACAUAUGCAGAGGACCCAGUUCAGACCUAUUACAGGGUCUGUGAUUGUUGCUUCAGUCUCUGUGAGCCCUUACAAACCCUGCUUAGUUGAUUCUGUGGACUGUGUUCUCAUGGUGUCCUCAACCCAACCCUUCUGGCUCCUACAAUCCUUCCUCCCCUACUUUGGGGUUCUGCCUAGUGUUUGGCGGUGGGUCUCUGCAUCUGCUCCCAUCAGCUGCUAGAGGAAGCCUCUCUGAUGACUAUUGGGUAGGCACCAGUCUAUUAGUAUAGCAGAAUAUCAUUAGGGAUCAUUUAAUUGACUUUUUUUUCCCAGUCAUGUUUGGUUCUGUCCUGGAUCUAUGGGCUGUUCAGCUUCUGGGUCCUGCAUCUAGCUUGAACCAGGUGUGGGCUCCAGAGGGAACUUUGCUGUUUAUUUUUCUUCUAAUGCUGGGGAUCAAAUCUAGUGUCUUUCACACGCUAACAACGCUAGCAAGUGUACCAGCUGUCAGUUUCUAAACAUCUCCUCUUAAAUCCUUCUUUAUGUCCAGGAGGUGGUAGCGCACACUUUUAAUCCCAGCACCCGGGAGGCAGAGGCAGGCGGAUUUCUGUAAGUUUGGGGACAGUCUGGUCUACAAGAGCUAGUUCCAAGACAGCUGGUACUGUCACACAGAGAAACCU